GGCGGGGCCGGCGCAGGGUAACGGCUGGCAGGGCAAUGCGCGGCCGUGGCCGCGGUCGGCGAGGCCGUGGCCGGCCGGGGCCGGCGGGAGCAGCGGGGGAGCAGCAGCCGCCGCCAGAGCCCGAGGUGGCCUGCACCUCGCCGAGGUGGUGGAGGGUGAACCGGUUCUGCCCGCAGUGCGGGUGCAGCGUGGAGCCUGCCUUCCGCUUCUGCCCGAGCUGCGGAGAGAGGCUGCCCCCGCCGCCGCAGCAGGAGGACGCGGAGCGGGCAGCGCCAGCCCCGCCGCCGCCGCCGCCGCAGCCCCGGUCCCCCGCCGCCUCCCCGCGGGCUUCCCCGGCCCGGUCCCCGGUGGCAGGGGGGCCCAGUUGCCGCUCACCCCGCAAGGCGCGACCCGGCCUGGCGGUGCCGCUCCCGGCCGAGGCCGUCCUAACCGAUCAGAGCGGGCGGCAGUGGAGGCUGCUCCGGCUCCUGGAGCAGGGCGGCUGCGGGCUGCUGUACGAAGCUGAUGCUGAGGUGCCUCUUUCCUGUGCUCCUGUAACAUCUCUGCCUCCUCCUUCCACAGCGCAGUCAGCAUCUGGAGCCUGUCCUCAAAAGCAAAGAUACAUCCUCAAACUUGAUGUCAAGGAGGGCAGGAUCUACAACGAGCAGAACUUCUUCCAGCGAGCUGCCAAGACAGCCACAGUGGAGAAGUGGAAGAAGGGGCACUCAGUGCCCUUGCUGGGAAUCCCCACCUGUGUUGGCUUUGGACUGCAUGCAGAUAGCUACAGGUUUUUGGUGUUCUCUGACUUGGGGAGGACCCUUCAGUCAGUGCUGAGUGAUGGCUUACACCUCCUGAAGGAGAAGGCAGCUUUCCAGCUUGCAGUCCGUCUGCUAGACUGCCUGGAGUACAUUCAUGAGAAGGAGUAUGUGCAUGGGGACAUCACUGCUGACAACAUCUACCUGAACCCAGCUGACCUGGCACAGGUGACCCUGGCAGGCUACCACUCCGCCUUCCGCUACUGCCCGGGAGGGAAGCAUGUGGCACAGCGGGAAGGCAGCAGGACCCCCCAUGAGGGCACGCUGGAGUUCAUCAGCUUGGACAGCCACAAGGGAGCAGGACCAUCUCGCCGGAGCGACUUGGAAUCCCUGGGCUACUGCCUUCUGAAAUGGCUCUGUGGCUUCUUGCCUUGGUCUGAUGAGCUGGACAAAGUACAAAGUGUGGUGGAGAAGAAGGAAAAGUACAGAAAGGAUGUGAGAGGCCUUCUCCAGCUGUGCUUCAGGCAGAGAGCAAUUCCAGAUGCCCUGCAGGGCUACCUGCAGCAGGUCAUGGCCCUAGAGUAUGAGGAGAAGCCUGACUAUGAGCCCCUGAGGCAGCUCUUCAAGAAAGCACUGGAAAAGAUGAAAGCUUCUGCUUAUGACUCUGUGGAUCUCAAAAUGGUGCCCUAAGUCAAGAGAACUUGCACUGGAAGAGUCAGAAGCUUUCUGCAGCCUGAGGCCUUUCCCACAGCUGUUUCACUUUCCCCCGUGUGUUUUUAGAAGUGGGUUUCCCCCUCCCCCCCAGGUUUUAAUGUGACACCACUGCUGAAUUUUGGUGCAGCUUCUGUUACAACUUAAUGUGAAGACAGCUCCUGCAUGGAGAGGCUUCAGCAUAGCCUCCAGCAGAAGGGUGAAGCUUGGCAGGGAAAAACUAAAUCAGGAAUUUAUUUUUUUUACCUAGUUGGCAAGACCUAGUUUUGUAAUAAACUUUGUGGACAAGCA